AAGGCAGCGCAGCAAAGCGAAGCAAACCGUAUUUUUUUACACCGCUGACAGUCGGACGACGAGUCGAAUCGCAAAAAACGGAUCGCAACCGGAAGGAAAUUAUCGUCUAAUAAGUUGGCACAGUAAAUCCGAAAGGGAGAAGGUAUAUACAGCACCGAUUUACGCGCCCUGUGCAUGAGAUCGUUAAGCGAAUUAAGCCGAAAGAUAGCCCAUAGCCAACCCAAUAUCUUGGCCAGCCCAUCAAAUUGCGUGUUUCAAAUCAAAAUUGCAUAAUCUGCGAAGAAGCCGGGAACGAGUUUCGCAAAAGCCAAAAAGAUCGCGAUUACACCGCCAGUGGAUAUAUCUUUCGCGUAAUCGCAGUAGCUCGGUCGCUUCCUUUGACUUGGCCACGUUCUAUAGCCGGAUCUUAUCGCUCCUUGGCCAUCUGAAGUUGCAGUUGCAGUUGGCAGUGGUGGUUGCAAGUCGCGCGUGCGUUCGCCUUUUGGCCCGCCUCGUAAUUAAUUACAAACGCAGUCGCGAUCCCCCCACUUCCCCGCUUCCCUUUUUCGACCGGCAAACUCCUGAGGAAAAGCAGAUCCAACGAUCCAACGAUCCUGCCUAUUUACGCGCCCAAAUCUUGAUUCUUUGGACUAGCUUUCUGACUAGCUUGCGUGCUCUGUUGUCGCCGUCUUGGUUCUGAAUCGACGACAUCUGAUUGCCUUUUUAUAGCUGCUUUUGCGAAAACUUCAAUCAAAUAAAAACACAAUCAAAGUGAAUUGGCCAAGACUGAUUUGAUCUUUAAAAUAAUAUACAGUGAAAAUCAAUCAAGCUGACCGCAGCAAAAACGUGAACAAAGUACGACAAAAUGUGUCAAUUGAAUUUAAAUUAACCAACAAAGUGAUUGCUCACCAAACAAAUGGAGUCUCGGUUAAUACGUUUGUGUUUCAAUUUUUUGUUUUCAAAGUAUUUUGUUUUAUUUUCGAAUCGAUCAACGUGCAAGGCGCCAAACCACAAAAAUGUUGCUGACAAUGCGGCGUCAAAAUGAACUGAUUGUAGGCAGCCAACAACAGCAUCCAUCGGCGAGUUCCACAACAUCAUCAGUUGCAGCAGUGACAGGUGCCACAAACCCACCUGGUUUACCUGGACAAAAUCUCAGCUUAGUGCCACCGGCAACGGCAAAUUCCACGGCAGCCCCAGCACAGGAUUCUCUGAAUACACCCACAACACCUUUAUUGGGUCUUAGUCGGAAUCCGCUGCAAUUUGCCCCACCACCCGCACCACCCAUUGCGGUGCAAAGUGCCCCAGCUUCUGGACCCACUUUCGGCUAUUAUCAGACUGCAAGUGCUGCACCACCACCACCACCCACUGAGGCAACUACUUCGGGGCAACAACCACCCUCGGUGGAAUUGGAUGAAUACGUAGACAUAUUGCAGGUUCAACAAUUGCUGUUGGAUUCAUCGGCAGCAGCAGCAGCGGCUGCAAAUAAUCCCCCGACAACUGAACAAUCCAUUCAACAACAUCCGCAGCAACAACAGCAAAAUACUGUGGUGCCACCGCAGCAGCAGCAGCAGCAACAACAGCAAAUUCUUGCCAAGCCGCGACCGCGAAUUAAUCUGCAAAAGGCCACCGAAUACGCUGCACAAUUAGCUCAGGCCGAGUCCUCGUCGCCCGGCUCGCGUCGUGUCCUGCUCGAUUACCCGAGUCCCUAUUUGUACGGCAAUCCCUAUCACCACCAUACGCCGCCGAGUGAGGACCUAGUUGCCCUCUGGUUCGGCAGCAAUGGCACAGGCGGCGUAGCCCCUGGAACUCCAUCAGCGGCCAUGAUCAUGGAAGGGCUUGAAACCCUGGUGGCGCCAACGCAUCACGCAUUCCUGCUCACCGAGACGGCCGCGGCCGCCCACUUCAAUGUGCUGAGCUUCGACACCUGUCUGUUCAAGACGAGCACGGCGGCCCAGAGCAGCGGCAGUCCCUCGACGGCCACCUACCUGAGUCCCGCCCAAUUCGGUGGCAACCACGGUGGCGCCAGCACCAGCAGCUCCCUCAACUCCUCCGCCGCCUCCUCGUCGUCCUCGUCCUCGCUGCUGCACUACACCACCGCAUCGGCAGCCGCUGCCGCUGCAGCAGCCGCCGCCGCCGCAUCCGCUUCCGCCAACAAUUCGGUGCUUCGGGCCCGCAACCAAACGGCCACGCCCACCCAGGGCGGCAGUCCGGGACACGUGGCCGUUCAGCCAAGCGCCACCGCCAGCAGCGGACGCAGCUCGGCCUCCCAUCUCAGCCUGCUGAACACCAGUGGCCAGCACAGUCCCGCCUCCUCGGCCGUCGAGCAGGUGGAGGCCCACAAGCAGCUGAUCGAGGCGCUGCCUGGCGACCUCAACACGCCGGUGACCACGUCCAGCGACAUACCCUCGUUCUUCGGACCCAGCACCGUGGUGGAACCGCCACCUAUUACUGGCUCUAUCGAAUCCGAGGAUCUCUCCUUGGAACCCCAGGUGAUAUCUGUGGCCAGUCCCGUGUUGUCGCAUUGCAGUCCAUUGAAAGAGGAGCGCAGUACUCCCCCAGCUUUGGCCAUUGUCAAGGAAGAAUCAAGUAAUAAUAGUUGUAAUAUGUACCCACAACACAACAACAACAACAACACCACAUCAUCAUCAACAACUACAACAACAACCAAACAAACAACCAGCGAAAGCAUCAACAACAACACUGAAUGCGUUGGCUCGCCGGGCAACCAUACACAAUCACACCAACAGCAACAACAACAGCUGCAUCACAACAACAACAACACCACCAGCAACAACAGCAAUUGCCACCACAGUCACCAACAACAACAGCAGCAACAACAGCAACACAUGAGCUCCCCGCAACAUCAAUACCAACAACACCAAAUAUUACACCAACAACAACAAUUGCCAAAUCAUCACCAUCAUCAUCAUCAUCACCACCACCAUCACAGUCAGCUACAACUCCAACAACAACAACAACAGCAACAACAACAACAGCAGCAACACCAACAACAACAGCCGCUACACCAACAACAGCAAUUGCAACACCAGCAGCAGCAACAACAACACCAACAACACUAUCAGCAACAUGCCAUCCAACAACAGGCUAGCAAAAUCUCAUAUCGUGGCAUUUUCACCACCACAGGCAACGCAAUGAAUGCAGCAGCAGCCGCAGCAGCAGCAGCACAGCAGCAACAGCAGCAGCAGCAACACCAGCAGCAGCAACUUCCAUCCCCGCAACUGGGCGUUUUGGCCGGGCCAAUGUCACCGCCCUCGAAUAGUUUGGGCAACAGUUGGGGUCUACCCAGUCCGGAUAAGACCAUGUUCCAGCCACCCCUGUUCAGUCUGCCCGCUCACUAUGCCACCAUGCAACAGCAGCAACAGCAACAGCAGCAGCAACAACACCAGCAGCAGCAACAGCAGGCGGCAGGAGCUGCUCCAUCUCCCUACGACGAUGGAAGAGCUGCAGCAGCAGCGGCGGCACAGCAUGCUGAACUACUUGGUCUAACCAUGGAUUGCACACCCCUUCUGUUGAAGCAGCCACCCCCAACAUACGCCGGAGCCUCCUCCGGAUUCGCCGGCCUGGCUGACCUCCACACCAGCCACGAGCAACAGUUGCAGCAGCAAUAUGUGCGAUCGCAGCCAAAGUACCAAUGGCUGGACUCACCAGCGGAUUAUGCCCAGCAGCAGGUGCAACAGCAAGUGCAGCAACAGGUGCAACAGCAGCAGCAACAACAGACCUUGGUGCUGCCAGGGCCCACUUCAUCCGCCAGUUCCAGCAAUGCAGCUUUGGGCGUUCUAAUACCCAAACAGGAGAGCUAUCCGGAUAUGCAGCCCAGUUCAAAUGGUACGGGUUAUUCGGCUGGAUCCGGUGGAAGCUCGUCGGCAGCAGCAGCGGCCGCCGCUGCAGCAGCAGCAGCAGUCCAACUGGCGGAAUAUAGUCCUUCCACCAGCAAGGGACAUGAGAUCCUGUCCCAAGUCUAUCAACAGAGUACUGUACCCUUGAAACUGGUGCCCGUGAAGCCGCGCAAAUAUCCCAACCGCCCCAGCAAGACACCCGUUCAUGAGCGACCCUACGCCUGUCCCGUGGAAAACUGCGAUCGUAGGUUUUCCCGCUCCGACGAGCUCACCCGCCACAUACGCAUCCAUACGGGGCAGAAACCUUUCCAAUGCCGCAUUUGCAUGCGCAGCUUUAGCCGCAGCGAUCACCUCACCACCCACAUUCGCACCCACACUGGGGAAAAGCCCUUUAGUUGCGACAUUUGUGGCAGGAAGUUUGCGCGAUCCGAUGAGAAGAAGCGACAUGCCAAGGUGCAUUUGAAGCAGCGCAUCAAGAAGGAGAAGGUACGUGGCGAGCAGCAGCAACAGCAACAGCAGCAGCAACAGCAGCAGCAGCAACAACAGCAGCAACAGCAACUGCAGCAGCAACAACAGCAGCAGGAGCAACAUCACCUGAGCCUGCAGCAACAUCAGCAGUACCAGCAACAUCACCUGCUGCACUCCGCCGACCUGGCCAUAGUCACCUCGAGUGCGAGCAUGUAGAGACUAGAGAACUCGGCAUCCAGCGCGGCUAAGGCCAAGACUCCCCGGCACAAGGUUAGUCUGGCCCUAGCCCUGGAUCUCGACGAGAACGCCUUUCCCUUCGAACUCACAUCGGACUAUGGAACCCUGUCGCCACUCACCAGUCCCUGGCAAUCGAAUUACGUGUGGUUCGGCCAGGAUUCCAGCCAGCCCUUCUUCUACAAGGACAGCCACAUCCUGGAGAAGAUGGCCUAAGUCCCGGGUGUUCCGGAUCCAGUCGAAUCAAUCGCUGAUGCUGAAUAAUCAUUUAAUGUAAACAGAGUUGUAGUCGUAAAAUCGGGGUUGUGCUAUCAGCAAAAUCUAUGCAAGACAUUAAAUCGUAAUGAAGAAUACAAUAUGCUACAGUUAGCCUAGAUAAUAUCACACAAUGGUCAGGAUAGGAUGGUCAAGCAAAGCAAAACAGAGUUACUAACCAAUACAAAGCCUAACUAAAGCAAAUUGAUGAUUACUAAUUAUAUUCGAUGUAAUUGAAAUGGGAAAAAAUAUUUAACUUAUGUCUCUAAUACUGUGAUCUCAUGUGUAAUAAUUAUUAAUUUUAAUUUCCUUACAUUUACAUUUACAUAACUGCAAAUAACCAGAAAUAAUUUUAAAAAUUAUAAUCCUUUCGCCUUUGCCUAGCUAAUGUUCAUUUUUUAAAAAUGCUUACACAAAACACACACACAAACACUAAUUUAUUGCAUUUUAAAAUAAUUAUAUAUAUAUUAUAAUUAUUAACUUAUUGUCUUAAAGGUUUAGAUUUAGGUUUUAACCUACAGAAUACACAAUUGAACACACAAAUCUUAGCAUAUCAUUUUUUCCUCUAAGCAUUAUAAAUUGCAUAAGUUAAAAACAAAAAUUACUUUUAAAUCGAAUAAUGGAAAUUUCGUGUGCUAAUUAUAAAAGAAAAGAAACUUGUUUAACAAAAACGAAAACUUAAAUUCGAAAAAUGCCCCAGUGUACUUCCUUAAUUGAUUCGAAAUCAAAAUGGCAAAUAAAAAUUAAAUUUUAUUAUAUUAUAUUUUAAAUAAUUAUAGAUGUUCAAUCUACUGUAGAAAACAAUUUCUUCUUAGUUUGUAAAGGAAUAUUUUAAGUUUA